UUCAUCUCAUUCCCCUCAAGUGCCUAUAAACUAUUUUGUAUUGAACUGCUUUCAAUUGAAAUUCUUUUCAAUUGCAUCGAAUUAUUUUUUGUUUAACUCAAAAGAAAAUUAAUCACAUUAUUCAUGAAAAUUAGUCACUUUUAUACACUUUUUGGAUUAGAAAUUAGUCACUACCAUAUUUUCGCUUCAAAUAGUUCACUUUCUUCUAGAGAAUUAGGAUGUGCCAGCCUUGCGAAUAAUAAAUAACUAAUUUAAACUCGACUUGAAACUUACAUCGUAGAGGGAAUUUCUUCUUACAAAUUGUUUUUUAAUGACUCAUUUUACUUUAUACUGUAGUAUCUGAGCCACUGUCUCAUAAAAUACAUUGAUACUUCAGUAACAUGAUAAAGUAGAUUAUAAUAUUUUUGUUAUUAUUACUUGAGUUAUUUUCUGUAAAAAUAUUCUCCUGUGGUACAAAUUAUUUUUCCGUAAGUUUGAAUUUCUGUAUUCUAUAAGAACUAAAAUUGUAAUUUAAAAUGCGCGCAAAAACAUCAUGGCCUUUAAUUAAUUUCUGCCCUUAACUGAAAAAGUCAAUUAUAUCAUAAAUAAAUAAUAUAAUUAGUAACAAUUUCAAAAAAUCUUCAUUCUAUUACAUUCAUAUUAGUAAAGUCCGAUUUUAUUUUCAAAAAUCGAUUUCCACGAAGAUAAAAUUGUUUGGAAAUUGCCUUGAUUAGGGAAUUGACUGACUUUAGGCUUAACGCCUAAUUGUCUUUCAGAAUGACUGUGUAUGUUUACGUUGUUGGUCUUUGCUCAUUUUGACCGUGAGCUUCGUUCUAAGAUUUUUCGUUGUCGUCUUUACUCAUUUUUGUAACUGAUUAAGUGAAGUGUAUUGUGUUGUUCAUGUUAACAUAAGCUUUAAUAAUGCCUCCAAAAAAAAUAAAAGGAGCAAAGAAAUCUUUAAAGGUGAAUUCAAGAACUUCACCAAACGUGGUUUCGCUUAACAUUGACUGCUUGCUCAUGAUUUUCUGUCAUUUAACCAUUUCCGAACGAAUAAAAGUCGAAAGAGUUUGCAAACUUUGGCAAGAGGCUGGUCGAUCUGGCUGGGUUGGAUUUCAGUCACUUGAUUUUAAAAAAUCGCUUUGGGGCUUCGCUUUCAAUACGAAAGUAACAAUCACUGAUAAAAUCAUCCGAACAGUACUGUCAAGAUGCGGCAAUUAUAUAAGAGAAGUUAAAUUUCCUCAAUUUUCGAAUGAUCCAGAAAUUCUGCAGCUUUCUAUUAGCCAAAGAUGUCUUGGAACUAUGUGGGAAAUGUGUCCAAAUAUGAGGAUUCUUGAUUUAGGAUUUCAUCGGAUAAGAUCUUCGGCUUUAUCAAUACUUGCAAAUUGUUCCUCUAACUUGGAAGAUUUCAAAUUAGAUCUCCAUAGCAAUAUUUCGGAUGAUGAUUUGUCGACCAUGUUUGCCUCCAAUAAAAAACUAAAAAUACUUCACCUUUUUCAUAAUGAUUCAUCAAACAUAUGCAAAUGUGUGAAAGAUUUGCCCAGAAAUUCUAUCGAGGAAAUCAUGAUUUGUAAUUGUCAUGGAACUUCCACCUUAGAAAAGAUACAUGGACUCUUUUCUUCAUUAUUGAGUGUCAGCCCUGAGCUUCAAAAGUUUCGAAAAUUAUCGAUUCAUAAUAUUACGCAUAAUAUGUCGUCAUGGGGACUACAUUCUUGUGCUGAAGGUUUCAAUAGUGUGGUGUUAUAUUCUUGUACGAUAUUAUGUGAUAAACCCACAAGUAAUUUAUUAGCUUUUGAGAAUCUCCAGGAAUUGACUUUUUAUGGAAAUAGGGGUGACACUGACGAGUUUCUGAUUGCAGUUUCUGUAACUUGCACCAAACUAAAUAAAUUAUUUCUUCAAGCUUGUGGUUCCGUGACUGAUAGAGGACUGUCGGCUGUAGCUUUAAAUUUGAAUCUGACUAAGUUGGAAAUCAUCGACAUGGAUAAUGUUUGCGGCAAAGAUUUGCCAAAGAUGCACACUCUUCAGUAUUUUAGGUCUGAAAAUUGCAGGAAUCUUGUAGAGGAAUAUCUUGCUCAUAUGGUUCUAACAGCAGCUACAGAUUCGAGGACAUUUCAACUAAUUCAUUCCUACAAUGAUUCGCAAUUGAGUAAUAGAAGCUACCCUCCUUUCAAUGGAAAACUGCUGCAGGCAGCAGCUCAAGUUAAUGGAAAUCAUCAAAAUGGAUACACGAUAACUACACAGUUAUGUUUUCAAUGUCGUGCAAAGGUCGGGGAACGAAAAAUUUGUAUCAUUUUAGAUAAACAGCAGAAAAUCGUGCAUCCGUCCAAACCGAGGCCCAAACUUAAAAUGAAUACUGAUUGUUAAAAGGGGAAAUUACUUUAAUUUUUAGCAGUCACUGUUUAAAUUUAUAAAUGAUUCGAAACGCUGGCCGCUUCUUCAUCAUUUUUUCUAAUUUAUGGAAUUGAAAUGCGUGUUUAGAUUAAUAAAAUAAAAUAAUGUUCAAAGUUUUGCAGUUUUGUAGAGUAUCGUUUCUGAAAUAAACGGUUUAUAUAUAAUUGUUGGUGGUAUUCUAAUACAUCAAUGAAAAAUCGUUUACAUCAGAUUCUAUGAAUAGCGAAAAAAUUGUACUAUCGGAUAUUACAUAAUCGUACUUUUUAUCUAUAAAUAAAUCUCACUGAAAUGCAAUUUAAAGAAAUUUAAGACUUUGUCGAAUAUUUUAAUACUUGAGUGAAUUAAGUAUGUAUUUUGUCCUGAAACUUUUAAAA